AUGCUGCAAGCCACGACGAAUAGCAGCACUCCGUGUGCGCACUCAAAUGUGCCCCCCACGACGGGAACGAUCGAGUUAGACGUGGUGGAGCUUUCGGAUCAGGACACUUCUUCGUCCGAUCCCAGGUCAGAAGAUCAGCGGCUACUAAAGCAAGCCAAUGACUCCGAGUUGCCAGUCAACAAGGCUUCAAAAAGUAAAGCAGCAGCAGCGCCAGUGCAGCAGACGAAGGUUCUCUUCCUCGACGGCGCUCGCGGUCUCGCAGCUAUGCUUGUCGUCGCACAGCACUCACACGAAUUCAUGCCGGGGAUUCACUACGGAGCAGUUGGCGUCGACGUGUUUUUCGUGCUCUCUUCAUUUCUCCUGACGUGGAUCUUUAUGAAAAAGAGCAUGAAGCUACUCUCACAAGGUGCCAGUCUCCGCACGUGGGCGUUCACUUUGGCUGACUACUUCCAGAAGCGCUUCUUCCGUGUGUAUCCGCUGUUCUUCGUGACAGUGAUCGUGCUAUCUCUUAUGACAACCGAAGACCAAAAGCAGUACUUUGUUGGAGAGCGCCCUCCGUUCGAUAUGUUCAAGACACUCACGUUCGAUUAUGAGUAUCGCUAUCAUGUCUUUUGGACGUUGCCACUGGAGAUCGAGUACUACUUUGUGAUUCCAAUCUUCGUCUUUGCCGUGCUGGGUGUGCGUCGUUUUUGGUGGAUAGCCGCCAUCCCACUGACUGUUUGGAUCAUUCAUGAAGGCAUAUUCGUGUAUCGAAGUAGCCACAUGCCUAUGAGGCCUCACAUUUCCACUUUCCUCACUGGUUCCCUGGCAGCCGUGGCGUUCGUCAAACUGGACUUGUGGAUCAAGAAGACUGAAUUCGUAUUCCAGUGGUGGCACACUACCGCCGUCCGAGCAGUUGAAGCUCUCGCCAUUUCGAUGCUACUAAGUGUUUGCUUCCGAGGACUGCUCUUCACCUGGGUGCAUGCUAAUCCUGCGCCUGCCACUAAAGGAUCUCCCUACAUCAGUGCGUUCUUGGCGAUCAUUUUUGUCAUCGAGAUGAUCAAACCGUCCUGCGUAUCGACGAUGCUCGAGUGGAGUGUACUUCGCUUCUGGGGAAAAAUCAGCUUCUCCGUCUACUUAAUGCAUUCGUUUGUGAUCUACAAUCCGACAGUGAGUGAUCAAGAGAACUAUUUCGAUCGAUUCUUCUCCAGGCUGGUCCUCACUGUGGCGCUUUCGACAGCAACGUAUUACCUCAUUGAGUACCCGUCGCUAUUAUUCGCUCAGAGAAUCUCCAAGUUUCUCGCUAACGCAGAGAAGAAAAGCUCGGGAGGCUGGACAGAGUUCGCCUGCAUCGAGCGGAUCACGACGCGGAAGUAA